UUUUCAGAUCAAAGCUCCCUUCUCAGUCUUAAGCCCUAGCAGGGAUGGCGGACCUUUUAGAGUCCUGGAUGGUAGAAACAGUCCGCUGCGGUAUGCGUGCCACAGGUUCGCCACCUCUGUUAGGGGGCCCAGCUGGAAACAAGUGUGCGCGGUCUCUUUAACGUAUAAUCGAACUCUGAUUGCAUCGAUCACAGGCUCAUAACGCCCUCCCUUCCACCGUUCCCCUGCCUGACCUGGUUAUUAUCUCUUCCCUGGCCAGACGCUGACGGGGACGUUAGCGUUAGUGAGCACUGGCUUCGGAGUGUGGCCGCACCGGACUCGGCGCUGCCCGGCCGCCCGCAGAGGCCGGCUGCCUCCCGCGCGGGCGCGUCUCGGGGCUCGUCUGGCCACGCCUGGAGCGCGGGCUUCGCCUGGCCCGCCGUUGUUGUAGUGACCGGCAGGUGCUGCCGCUCUGCGCAGACGGUUCCGGGUGCCGCACGGUCCCCCUCCCAGCCCCGUGCCCUUCCCCGACGCCCCCCCGCUCCUGCAUGGCCUCCGCCCCGGAGGACCCCUGCCUGGAGCGCUACUUCAGGGCCCACGGGGCUGCCGUCACCUCCGCGCACUUCAGCCCCGACGGCAAGCGGCUCGCUACUGCCUCUUGGGACACCUUUCUCAUGCUAUGGAAUUUGAAGCCACAAGCUAGAGCUUACAGAUAUGUGGGUCACAAGGAUGUUGUAACCAGCGUGCAGUUUUCUCCACAUGGAAACUUCUUGGCAUCUGCCUCACGAGACAGAACCGUUAGACUCUGGAUUCCUGAUAAGAGAGGGAAAUCCUCAGAAUUUAAAGCUCACACAGCUCCAGUUCGAAGUGUGGACUUUUCAGCCGAUGGUCAGUUUUUGGUUACAGCUUCUGAAGACAAAUCCAUCAAAGUAUGGAACAUGAACCGCCAGCGCUUCUUAUAUUCCUUGUACCGACACACACACUGGGUCCGCUGUGCCAAAUUUUCACCUGAUGGAAGACUAAUUGUGUCAUGUAGUGAGGAUAAAACUGUUAAAAUUUGGGAUACCACAAAUAAGCAGUGUGUUAACAACUUCUCAGACUCCGUAGGGUUUGCAAAUUAUGUGGACUUCAACCCUAAUGGUACAUGCAUAGCUGCAGCAGGAUCUGAUCAUACUGUGAAAAUCUGGGAUAUAAGAGUGAACAAAUUACUCCAGCAUUAUCAAGUUCACAGUGGUGGAGUUAAUUGUAUAUCAUUCCAUCCUUCGGGUAAUUAUCUCCUCACUGCCUCUUCGGAUGGUACACUUAAGAUUCUGGAUCUCUUAGAAGGAAGACUUAUAUAUACACUUCAAGGACAUACGGGACCUGUCUUUAGUGUCACAUUUUCAAAAAGUGGGGAGAUGUUUUCAUCAGGAGGUGCAGAUACACAGGUCUUAUUAUGGAGGACUAACUUUGAUACAUUGCAUUGUAAAGAUCUUAAUAAAAGAAAUCUCAAAAGACUGCAUUUUGAUUCACCACCACAUCUUCUUGAUAUCUAUCCAAGAACACCACAUCCUCAUGCGGGAAAAAUUGAGACUAUUGAAAUUAAUCCAAAGCUCGAGGUAAUUGAUUUGCAGAUUUCUUCUCCUCCUGUUGUGGACAUCUUUUCUUUUGAUUCUACCACAAGAACAGAAACCACUGUUAGAACUCUGCCAGACAAGGGUGAAGAGAUCUGUGGAUACUUCUCAAACCCUUCCUUAAUGUCACCAGAAUGCUCACCAACAACUGUGAAAAAGAAAGCAGAAGACAUGAGUGACCUGCCCUCUGAGAGUCAAAGAAGCGUUCCACUGGCCGUGACCGACGCUUUGGAGCAUAUUAUGGAACAGCUCCAUGUUUUGACACAGACGGUUUCAAUUUUGGAGCAGCGACUGACUUUGACAGAGGAUAAGCUGAAAGACUGCCUUGAAAAUCAGCAAAAGCUUUUCGGUGCCGUCCAACAGAAAAGUUGAAUGGGAAGGUGUGAGCGGAGGUAUAGUAAGCGAACACAGGACAUGGCCUCAGGAAGGUAACACAAACACCAUGCACGUUUCCUCUGAGGGCGAGCGGCAGAACAAAAGGCCAGAAAGCCAUAAAGGACAAUUUCCACACAGGGAUCAAUGUCAGUGAGUACUUUAAAUCCCCAGUUAUGACUGCAGUAAUAAACUGAUAAGCAUUUGAGUGACUCUGCAUUUCCCCCCAUAUUAUUUUAAAUGUCAGUUUUCAUUUAUAGUCCAAACGCUGCCAGGAAAGUAACCAAAUCUCUGUAUUUCAUUGUUCAAUCAUUUCAGAAGUACCACACUCAGGCAAUUUCUUAAUUAAUGUAUUUCUUUAGUGAGCACACUCUUGGAGUAAAAUAACUCACUUGCUUCUAAAACAGCAUCCUAAAUGUAGAGAAUGAGUUAUUGAUCUAUUUCUUUCAGCUCAAAGAAAAAAAAUAGUAUCCUCUUACUAAUGCUUUGAAAAGUUAAUCUAAUAAGAAUUUCUAGGCCACAGGAUUUCCAUAGCAUAAAUACACGUAUUUUAAUUAGCAACAAGCACAUACACAAUAUAGGGCAGUGGGCUUUCAUGUAGUUUAUGUAUGCAUUUUUUUCUCCAGCGGCCAACAAGAAGGAAAAUGAAGAGUUAGAAGCACAUGUAGCCCGUCUAGCUUUGCUGUCACAGAGGAGUGCACAGAAUGAUUUAGGUCAUACUGAACCUGUGGUCCCAGCCCACAAAGAUUAUGUUAGUGUGAUUUCAACAUGCUAAAAAGCCAGAAUAGUACAACAACUAUAUUUAAAAAUAUACACACAUGUGUAUACACACACUUCAGAAAUGUUGCUGCAUGUGUGAUUUUGGCAGCUGCAUAAUAAAUGCCUUAAAAACAAAAACCCAAA